UUUAUGCGGCGAUGCGGGGGAGGGAGAGCUCGGCCGGCGCGGUGGUGAUGAGGGGGGUGCUGAAGCCCGGGCCGAGCCAGCAGGUAAGUGGGCAGAGGCGGCGGUGCCCGGGCUCGGUCAGGAUGGACCCGGGGCACGCGUCGAGCAAAGGCUGGGCCCACCCGGUGGGUCCCGGGGAGCUUCGGCGGGCCGGGACAGCGAGGCCCCGCCCGGCUCGAUGUGUCGGCCGUGCCCUAGCAGCACGUAAAUACUGGAGUUUGGGGAUGCCUCGUUGCUCUCCAGUAUUGCAUUGCUGCUUGAGCGAGGCCGGACCCUCCGCGCCGCCGCCUGCCAACCCGACAGAGUCAAGUCCGCUUCCUCGCAGGGAUCGGGGUUUUUUUUGCUGUGUUUCCCAUUAUGAUCUGUACCGAGCAUCUACCUGCCGUUAUGUUUUCAUUCAUUAAACGUUCGAGUUGUGACUCAUUAAA